GCGAGCCCAUUCAUCUGUGCACUUGGGCGUUGGACCCCGCAUCUUAUUAGCAACCAGGGAGAUUUCUCCAUUUUCCUCUUGUCUACAGUGCGGCUACAAAUCUGGGAUUUUUUUAUUACUUCUUUUUUUUUUUUUAACUACACUUGGGCUCCUUUUUUGUGCCUGACUUUUCCACCUUUUUCCCUCCCUCCUGCGCUGCUGCUUUUUUACCUCUUCGACCAAAAUUUUUUUAUCCGGAGUGUAUUUAAUCGGUCCUGUUCUGUCCUCACCACCCCCACUUCCCCCUCCCUCUGGUGUGUGUGCCGCCGCCGCUGCCGCCGCCGCCGCCGCUGCUCGCCCCGUCGUUACACCAGCCCGAAGCUCUUUGUUCACCUCUUGGAUCUGUUGAGUUUCUUUGUUGAAGAAGCCAGCAUGGGUGCCCAGUUCUCCAAGACCGCUGCGAAGGGAGAAGCUGCCGCAGAGAGGCCCGGGGAGGUGGCUGUGGCCUCGUCGCCUUCCAAAGCGAAUGGACAGGAAAACGGCCACGUGAAGGUAAACGGCGACGCUUCUCCCGCGGCCGCCGAGCCCGGCGCCAAGGAGGAGCUGCAGGCCAACGGCAGCGCUCCGGCCGCCGACAAGGAGGAGCCCGCGGCCCCGAGCAGCGGGGCGGCGGAGAGAGAGGAGCCGGUGGCCGCCGCCGCCGCCGCCGCCGAGGCUGGCCCCGCGGAGGGGGACGCCGCCGCGGAGGGGGAGGCCGCCGAGCCCGGCUCGCCCGCGGCCGCGGAGGGGGAGGCCGCGUCGGCCGCUUCCUCCACGUCUUCGCCCAAGGCCGAGGACGGCGCCACGCCCUCCCCCAGCAACGAGACCCCGAAAAAAAAAAAGAAGCGCUUUUCCUUCAAGAAGUCUUUCAAGCUGAGCGGCUUCUCCUUCAAGAAGAACAAGAAGGAGGCGGGAGAGGGCGGUGACGCCGAGGGCGCGGCGGGCGUCGCGGCCGAAGGCGGCAAGGACGAGGCGGCCGCCGAGGCGGGCGCAGCCCCUGGGGAGCAGGCGGCGGCGCUGGGCGAGGAGGCCGCGGAGGGCGCGGCGGGGGGCGACCCGCAGGGGUCCGAGCCCGAGGAGGCCGCCGCCGCGCCCGAGAAGCAGCCAGCCGGCGAGGAGGCCAGGGCCACCGAGGAGCCCGGCAAGGCCGAAGGGGAGGUCGGCGAGGCCGGCCCCGCUGCCUGCGAGGCGCCAUCCACCGCGGGGCCCGGCGCGCCCCCGGAGCAGGAGGCGGCCCCCGCGGAGGAGGCCUCGGCUUCGUCAGCUUGCGCGGCGCCCUCACAGGAGGCCCAGCCAGAAUGCAGUCCAGAAGCCCCCCCGGUGGAGGCGGCAGAGUAAAAGGGCAAGAUUGUUUUGAGAUAAUCGAAGAACUUUUCUCCCCCGUUUGUUUGUUGGAGUGGUGCCAGGUACUGGUUUUGGAGAACUUGUCUACAACCAGGGAUUGAUUUUAAAGAUGUCUUUUUUUAUUUUACUUUUUUUAAGCAGCAAAUUUUGUUUUUUUCCCCUCUCACAGAUCCCAUCUCACAUCAUUCUGUUACCACCAUUCCAACAGGUCGAGGAGAGCAUAAACACCUUCCUCUGCCUUGUUUCUCUUUUAUUUUUAUUUUUUUUGCAUCAGUAUUAAUGUUUUUUGCCUACUUUGCAUCUUUAUUCAAAAAUGUAAACUUUCUUUGUCAAUCUAUGGACAUGCCCAUAUAUAUAUGAAGGAGAUGGGUGGGUCAAAAAGGGAUAUCAGAUGAAGUGAUAGGGGCCACGAAGGGGAAAUUGAAGUGGUACAUAACAUUGCCAAGAGUAAGGUGCCACUAGAAAUGAUGAUGUAAAGGCUGUCUUUUUUUCUUUUUUUUUAAGAAAAGUUAUUACGGUGUAUUUUGUGAGGCAGGUUUACAACACUACAAGUCUUGACUAAGAAGGAAAGAGAAAACACCAAUACCCAGAUUUUAAAAAAGAUCAUACAUAGUCUUAGGAGUUCAUUUAAACCAUAGGAACUUUUCACUUAUCUCAUGUUAGCUGUACCAGUCAGUGAUUAAGUAGAACUACAAGUUGUAUAGGCUUUAUUGUUUAUUGCUGGUUUAUGACCUUAAUAAAAUAUAAUUAUGUAUUACCAGCAGGGUGUUUUUAACUGUGACUAUUGUAUAAAAACAAAUCUUGAUAUACAGAAGCACAUGAAGUUUGCAACUUUCCACCCUGCCCAUUUUUGUAAAACUGCAGUCAUCUUGGACCUUUUAAACAAAAAUUUUAAACUCAACCAAGCUGUGAUAAGUGGAAUGGUUACUGUUUAUACUGUGGUAUGUUUUUUGAUUACAGCAGACAAUGCUUUCUUUUCCAGUCGUCUUUGAGAAUAAAGGAAAAAAAAUCUUCAGAUGCAAUGGUUUUUGUGUAGCAUCUUGUCUAUCAUGUUUUGUAAAUACUGGAGAAGCUUUGACCAAUUUGACUUAGAGAUGGAAUGUAACUUUGCUUACAAAAAUUGCUAUUAAACUCCAGCUUAAGGUGUUCUAAUUUUCUGUGAGCACACUAAAAGCAAAAAAUAAAUGUGAAUAAAAUGUACAAAUUUGUUGUGUUUCUUUAUGUUAUGAUAAAAUACUGAGACUUCUAGGUCUUAGGUUAAUUUUGAGGAAGAUCUGGCAUGCCAUCAAGGGUAAAUUUUCUUGUGGUUUUUAAUCUGAAGCUUUGAAAUUGUGAAAUUCAUAAUCAUCUGUGUUAGAUUACAAACAGGAAGAUCUUAAAACAUUCCAUGUCAAAUCUGUUGUUUAUCCAUUUAGUUUUCAUUUUAAAACAACAGUUAUUUUCAUUGUAGUUAUAUAGCAUGUCAGAAUAAAUCAUUUAAUACAAAAGUGGUAAGACCUAAAGACUAUUUAAAUGUCUUAUAUGAAAAUUUAAUUAAACUACAUUUUUUGUCAUACAGGUCUAGAAACUUAAAUUUUUACUGGUGAGAGUCUGUUUAAACUGUAUAUGGGUCAUUAAAAGUAGCCAAAUGUGUUUCCAAAAACUGAUGGUGUAUUAUCUGCCAUUGUUGCUUAGUGCUUGGCUGAUUUCCAGAUUAUUGCUUAGAUUUUGUGCUAUACCUUAGGAAAACAGGCUUAUGUAAUGAAGUAAUGGUGAUGAAUGGCAACAUUGUCAGUUUAUGGGCAUUUAGUACUUGCCUCAAUAGUUGCAAACAAUAUUUUUUAAAUGAGAGUGUGUGUUAGCAUGUUGUUACUCAAAGGAAAAGAUGAUACUUAUAUAGAAUAAGCCUUACUAGUUUACCACCUUUGGUCUUUACCACCCCAUAACUGGAUUUUUUUUAUUUGCUGGACCCUAAACUGAAUUGAACUUUAAGAUAAAGAUGUGUACCAAAUACCAUUACUACAUUAAGUGUAAGAAAACUUGUUUAUGGACACUUGGCUCUGCUGUUUCUGAGCAGUGUGCCUUGAAGGGUUCACAGUAAGUCAGUGAACCAUAUCUGUAAUAUCCGAAUGCCAAAACUUAAAACUUACUGUGAAAAAACUGGAUUUUUACGUGCUUUUAAUUGGAAUAAUGGAUCAUAAGUAAUAGUCUGGGAUCUCCUUAUCAAACGCCCUUCCCACUAAUAAAAUGAAAUAACAUUUGGAACUUUUAGUUGGGUUUUCUUGAUCUUGAAGGAUUUUUGAAAGUUAAAAGUUAAAUCUGGUAACCAAAGGAUGGUUUUUUUAUAGGGUCUUUCUCGCCCUACCUGCCAACUUUUUUCAAAUACCUACUUGGCCAAGUACCAUACCUGGUACAUGGCAGGACUCAGAAAAGGAUUUCAGAAAGUAGCUCCUCAAUAGUCGAAAAUAAUGUGUAGCCAACUAUAUUGCUAGGUUUGUUCUUUUAACAGCUGGAAUUUAUUAAGAUGCGUUAAUUUUUAUUUUAACCAUUGCCUAAUACACUUUGGGUGGUAUUGAUGGAGUGGUGGAUUUUCCACCAAGUGAUUAAAUGAAAUUUGAUAUAUCUUUUCAUCCAAAGUUUUGUACAUCACAUUGUUUUCUAAUGGAAAAUGUUAAUAUGGCUUUUUGUAUUACUAAAAAUAGCUUUGAGAUUAAGGAAAAAUAAACUCUUGUACAGUUCAGUAUUGUCUAUUAAAUGUGUAUUGGCAGUAUGUAUAAUGGCAUUUGCUAUGGUUACAGAAUACUUCCUCUAGAUUAUAAUAAUCAUUUCAUCCAAUUCCUAUUGCUUGUAAAAUAAAGUUUUACCAGUUGAUAUAA